UUUAGCGCUAGUGAAGAAGUAGUGUUUAUGUGCUUUUGAAGGCGCGCGCGCCAGCGUCGGGUUUCUUUCUAAUGGAAGGUUAUAGCGCCUGAGUGUGAAUAAGACAUUAAUAACAGGGUUCAUAACGUGGCGCGGGUGAGAGAGAGUCAGUGAGCGCGUCCUGAACGCGCUUCAUGCGGGAGAUGGAGGAGUUUAUAGAGCAUUAUAAACACUACACUGCAGUGGAGCGGGCGUGGCUGUGUGAGGUGUACACAGGAGUGUGUGAUUGGUUGCACCCGGUGGUGGGCGUGUCUGUGGGCGUGUCGGAGGAGGAGCUGGCGCACGCUGUGGUGCUGAGACUUCAGAGGACUCAUCACUCUCUACCAAUCAGCUACAGGUUCGUCUCAGUAGCACAGCUGAUCAGCACACAGCGCACGUCCUGCUUCAGCAGCCUCACCUGGAGCACCAAUCAGCACAGAGAAUGGACCAAGGAGGCGGAGCAACACCUGCCCAAUCACACGGCCUUGCCACGCACUAACCUCAUCCUGAUUGGCCUGCUGUGUGAUGGGCGUGUCUCAGCUCAGUGUGACGGCUUUUGGAGAGUGAGAGACGCCAGUGGAAGUGUGCACUGUGAGGUCCUGAGCUCGUCUCCGCUCUGGCUCGGGAGGCUGAUGCUCUUCCCCACCUGGAACUACAUUUCCCACAAUGCACCAGGACCGGGACAGCAACCUGAAAGCUGCUUAGAGCUGAUCGACUCUCCCGUCUGUGUGACCCCUGACCUCACGGCGUUUGACCCCAGAGGGUCACUGAGUGAUGUCAUUGGGGUGAAGAAGGCAGCCAGACUGCUGAGGAGGAAGAGCAGUAGAGGAGUGUGUAUGUGUGUGUAUGGGGAGGUGUGUGUGAUCUGCCCCCUGCUGGCCAUCUCUGGAAAAACCUUCUUCUGCCUCGUCCUCAGUGAGGAAGACUCGACUGUCCCUGUACUGGUCACGGUCCCAGAGUGUGUGUACUGGAGACAGUGUGUGUGUGUAGGACAGAGUGUGUGUAUUUCAGUGCUGCGUGUGUGUUCUGUUCGAGGGUGGGCGGGGCAUCGAGUGCUGUCUGUCACCACAGAGUCCCGCCUACAUCCAAACUCCAAAACACACGGAGAGUCUGAGGACACAGACACACACUCGGAAUCACACUCGGAAACGCACACAGACACACACUCGGAAUGGCACUCGGAAUCGCACUCGGAAAGGCACUCCGACACACACACAGACACACACUCGGAAUCGCACUCGGACACACACCUGGACACACACCUGCAGCAGGACCCUGAGUGUGAGGAGGCGCAGGUGCAUGAUGGUCACAUGCGAACAAAACUCUCCAAAAUCAUCAGCUACAGGGGCCGCAUCACUAGAGUCCAGGAUGCGGAGGCGGGGCUUUACGAGAUUGAUGGGAAGGUGUCGCUGUGUCUGGCCUAUCAGCCGCUGAGGAAGUGGGGCGGCGGCUUAAGAGCGGGGGCGGAGAUUGAGCUCCACAACGUCCACUUCCUGUUCCGGCCGUCUCCGCUCGCCCCUGACGUCGUGCUGUGUGCGUGCUUGCGCUCCAGUGUCUCCGUGACGACCUUCAGUCCGCUGAGGUCAAAGGUCACUCUGCAGAGGUCAGACAGCCCCCUGGUGCAUUUCCUGUUGGAGAGGAACCUCGGCGUGUCGGAGUACCUGUGGCUCUGCUACUGCAACGCUGCGCUCACUGACAGGUUGUGUCCGCGGUGGCUGUGUGAAGCGCGAGUGUGUGUGGUGGCAGGAAGGUUACUGCAGGUCAUUUUAGGAGACAAAGAGACGAAGAAAGACAAGAGAGACAUUUAUAAAGAAAUGCUGCAGGACACACACACCUGUCCUCUCACUCAGUACCGUGUGUCUAGUCCCAGUGUGUCCCUGUACUCUGUAAAGGAGCUCUGUGAUUGGCUAGAGAAGGAGAGUUGGGCGUGUCUCUCUCUGUCGUCGCUCCUUCCAUCUUCAGCGUGUCACAUGACCCAAGCUCAGCUGAACCCGCUGCUGUCAUGGUCAGCGCAGACACACACUCUGGCGCAGACACACACUCUGGCGCACACACACACUCUGGCGCAGACACACACUCCGGCGCACACACACACAGUGUUAGUGGGCGUGUUGGAGAUGAGUGUGGGCAGAGCCACAGUGAGGCUGGUGGACCAGACUGGAACCAUCGACUGUGUGUGUGUGCAGAGUUCAACUUCAGAGCAGUGUGGGUCCAUCGAUACGGCAUGGAUGGGGUGUCUGGUGUGUAUUCGUCGGUGUACGUUAGUGAUGGAGCGAUUCAUGAAGACAAAUUUCCCCUCUUGGAAACAUCUGGACCAGCACAGAUACAUCACACACAAACACUGCAGAGUGUAUAUCUGUGUGUGUGUGGAUGAUCUGCACAUUCUGAGCUCCUCAACCGCCAUGAGCUCCCUCCUCCGAGAGAGAGAAAAUGAGCGAGACACAGAGAGACAAAAGAAGAGGAAGAGGAAAGAAGAAGGGCGGAAGGAAGAAGAGAAAUCAUCCCUCCAUCACGAAGAAAGAGAAGAAGGUGAAGGUGAAGAAGGGGAUGGAGGGAUGGAGGUGGACGAGGGUAUAGCGAUCCCGUCGCGAGCCAGCAGGAGGAGGGAGACCGCGGGGACGAGUGCAGAAUCCUGUGUGUCACUGCUGUUUCGUGUGCACUCCAAACAGGGCGUGGCUUUUCGAAAUGUCCAGUCGACCAAUGAGGCGCAUGCACUUACUCUUAGCUUUGUCGUCAAGGCAACACGCCUCGGAGACGUGCAGGUUUGGGACAGAGACCUGAGGAACCGCAGAGUGGAGGAGAGAGAGAUGAAGGGAGCAGAGAUCACCAUGGAGCUGCAGUUUGUGGACUCUGCUGUUCGUUGGUUUCCUCUGCUGCAGCCAGGAACAGUGUACAGACUCAUCGCUCUACACACACAGGACGUGGCCGUGUUGUCCUGUAGCUGUGUUCCUGCGAGGGGCGGAGUUUCUCUCCUCAGUAACCCCGCCCUCCUCAUACAGCCUAAGUGGCGCAUACACACACUCGCACCACCUCUGCUUCUGUCACAGCCAGAGAUUCAGAGGCUGAUGAGUGUCUCUGAAGUCCUCCAUGCCAGCUCAGCUGACGUCGUCUCCUUUUAUGGAGUGAUUUCUGAGCGAAUCACACUGCAGGAGGAGACGAGUAAAACCCCCACCAUCCAAUCACUGAUCAGCACUAAAGACGGUGUGAUGGAGACAGGUCUGCGUGUGCGUCUCACUCUGCAGGAUGUCGAAUCUCCACAUCACACACUGCAGGUGUACCUGGAUUUUACCCACAAUCCCUACACACCUGGACUCAUCACCGGGGCAACCGUUCACCUGCACCACUUCCAGCGCAAAGUGUCUGUUGUGUGUAAUGUGUACUGUUGGUCGCUGCCCAUCAGCUGUGUGACAGUGGCAGGUCUGGGGUCAGUUAAGCCCCGCCCUCCUCCUCCCACAAUGCACCUGGGUGAGUGGGCUUCAGUUCGGGCAGAGCACGGCAUCGUGGGUCAGGUCAGAGGUCAUGUGGUGUGUGUUCUGUCUCUGAGGCUGCAGUGGACGUGUUCUCUCUGUGGGAGUGUCUUCAGACAGGCUGCCUGCACUCGACGCUGCCCACCAUGUGACUCUACCAGCGCUGUGUUUCAGGCCGAGGCCAAAGUGGUAGUAGAAGACGGAACAGGUGAGGCUCAGGUGUGGUUUCCUACAGAAACACUGGCCAACCUGCUGCAGCUAGGCGAGUCAGAGUGGGAGGGGCUUCAGCGGCUUGUCAGGGUCAAAGGUCAUGUGAGAAUAUACACUCGUGGGCGGAGCAUGGUGUGUGAUGUGGACCCUGAUGAUCCGCUGGUGCUGUAUCUGUGCUGUGUGUGUUCCAGCAGCGCAGUGUGGCGCCACAUCACACUCACCUGUAAACUGCGCUCUCAAAAGCCAGAGAAAGCCCAUUUGAGGAAAGUUAGCCGAGGAGACCGAGAGUUCCUCACCAAGUUUCCCAAACCACUUCAACUACAGUGCACACACAUACACACUCUCACAUAGACACACACACAUACACACACUCACAUAGACACACACAUACACACACUCACAUAGACACACACAUACACACUCUCACAUAGACACACACACAUACACACUCUCACAUAGACACACACACAUACACACUCUCACAUAGACACACACACAUACACACACUCACAUAGACACACACACUCUCACAUAGACACACACACAUACACACUCUCACAUAGACACACACACACAC